GCUGCCGGGCCCGCCCCCGAAGUGCCUUGGGGAGAGACAAAGAGACCUCGCCCCCGGCGCAGCCCGGCGCCAGCCGGCCCCGCGUCCCCAGCCAGGUUCCCCGGGCCAUGCAUGGGCAGCAACCGGUGUCACUCCGCUCUUGGGCGCUCGGCUCCGGCCCUCUGAUCGCCCCCCAGCCCUCCCCGGAUUCCGCGAUCGCGCAUCCCUCGCCGCCGGUCCCUCCCGUCGGCCCAUCUGUCCGUGCGUCCCGGCGAGCCCCGUUGGCUCAGCGGUUUGGAUGGACGCGCGCGGGCUGCCCGGGUGUCCAGGGAUCUUGCUGUCCAAGUUGGUCCUGCUCUUUGUCUAUGCAGAUGAUUGCUUUGCUCAGUGUGGCAAAGACUGCAGAUCCUACUGCUGUGAUGGAACCACGCCCUACUGUUGCUCCUACUAUGCCUACAUUGGAAAUAUCCUCUCGGGCACAGCAAUUGCUGGCAUCGUGUUUGGAAUUGUGUUCAUCAUGGGAGUCAUUGCUGGAAUUGCCAUCUGUAUCUGCAUGUGCAUGAAGAACAACCGGGGGACUCGGGUGGGCGUCAUCAGGACUACCCACAUCAACGCUAUCUCCUCAUACCCUGUAGCACCGCCCCCCUAUAGUUACGACCAGGAGAUGGAAUAUUGUGCGGACUUGCCUCCUCCAUACUCCCCCGCUCCUCAGGCCACAGCGCAGCGUUCUCCACCUCCUCCUUAUCCUGGAAAUUCACGGAAGUAAUCCUUCUCUCCAGAGCCGCACAUGUGCAAAUCAGAGCCCUGGAGGGGAUUAAAAUGCCGCAACUCAGAAACAGAGAGGGAAGGACAGCUGUAAGGAAUACUUGGCUCCAUUAAACAAUAUGCUGAGAAGAAUGUUCAGGCUAAGAAACACAGUGUUUCUACUCAGAGCUAACCUCAUCUGGAGUAUUUUAUGUGCUUGGAUGGGAAUACAUUGAAGAAUCUCGGGAUCCGCAAAAGCACAAAGAACUGUAAUGAAAUAGACCCCAGAAAAGUCUGGAAAACACAUUGCUUAAGAAAAUUAUACCAUCGAUCCUUUGACUCUGGAAGUGAGAAGAUCCAAGAGUAUAGACUAAACAACAUAAAGAAAUAGCAAUCUUCUGUGUUGUUUUAACAGUAAUGAUGAGAAUUGUUCUUUCCUUCACUCACGAAUUAAUCCAGAUCCAGUGCCGGGGUGCCCAUUCUGUGUUUUAUGCUCUUUGAAGCACUAGGAUGGAAGUUACAGGAAGGGAAUUUUGGUUUCACCAUAAGGAGUAAUUGAAACUUUUUUUUUUGGUCACUAGGACGCUUUGUGAAGACCCCAAAAUAGAACUUAGAAGACUGUCAGGCAGAAAGAUGUUCUAGAAGGGAUAGGUAAAUGAAAUGUAAGUAGACUCCAUGGGUUCCAGUUCUGCUAAUGUUUUAGGUAGAUGUAAGAUGCAGUUCUGUAUCUCUAGGAAUAAAAACAACAGGAAAAGUUGAAGACUAUUUAACUGGAGACUUAGAGGAGAAUCAGAAGUACUUUAAUAGCUGCAUGAAGCUAAGAAUCCUUCAGCGCUACUGCUAGCUAAAAAUCAUGACUUUAUUUAGAAUAUUAGUAGAAUAUAAAUUUAUUUAGAAUAAAAAUCAUGACUUUAUUUAGAAUAUAGGGGUUAUUCCAAAUGUGAACCAAAAAACGAAGUUCCACCAACACCAAAUUUACCGCCUUGGAUUAAAAGAUAAGAAGCCAAAUAUCCCCAUGAGACCUUCCUUCAUAAAGUAAAAUCUCAGAACUUGACCAUGAAAUAUAUUGCAGCUUACAAAAGAGAAGAAUGAAAAGAGAAAUUUGAAUUCUCUUCUGUAGAAUUCUAUUUGCAUGUAACUUAAAGUUUGUUUUACUUUUGUACUAUCUUAAAUCAUUGCUAUACAGUUAAUGAACAAGUUAAGAUAUUGACAUCAAAUUGAUGCCUUUUGCCAAAAUUCCAAUUUUAUGACGUGCCUUCCUUUAGGUGUGAACAGCUUUUAAUAACUGAUUCCACUGUGCCAUAUUUUGCUGCAAGUGCCCUUCACAUUUAUAUUUUCAUACGAGUACUUUUUAAUAUAUUCAAAAUUAUACAUUGAACAAAAAUUGGAAACAAAUGACCAAAUAUUUUUGUCACAUUGCAAUUCAAACUUUUUAAUCAAGCAUCAUCAUAAUAAUUCAGUGAAAUUACAAAGAGAUGCUAAGAAAUUUACUGAAUAAAACAUAUAAAUGUCUUUAGGUAUAAAUUAUGUUUUCCUUACUUUGCAGUUACAAAUCUUACUAGUUAGGCAGUAUAUUUUACUUUUAAAUGCAUUGAUCUGAUAGAAAUACAGUCUAAAUGCCAAAGAGAUCUAAAAGUUAGGUAUAUUUUAAAUGGCUUACAUGAUUUUUCAGGCAUAGAUUAUUUUCUCGAGAAGACACAAAGUAUCCCAGACUUUCAGCCUAUUCUAGUGACUGAGACUUUAGCACAAUUUAAGAGUCCAUAUGCUUUAAUUUAUCUCUGUUCUGCAAAUGAGUAGACCAAUUACACUGUAGCUAUGCAACUCGAGUGCCAGGCUCUCUGUGAAUUUCAGAAUGUUGGUUGUAAAUGCAGCAUAUAUUCCUUGAGGAAAAGAAUGGAGAGAAAAACAAAAAGAACAGUGGGAAUUGAAUCAUUAUCAUCUUUGCUGUCAGUAAAUAUCCAUCAUGUUCUUCUGUUUCUGUAAACAUUUGCCAUAUUGGAGCCAUUUCGGUCCAUAUCAUCUCUUUUCUUUGAAUUGUUUUAUGGCCUCCCUCAAGGUAUAUCACAAACCCAUAGAGCUACAAUAGAUAAAUCUUUUUGCUAUUUGUAUUGAAUGUCACAAUACCAAAAAAGUACACAUUUUUCAGUAUAGAUAUUUGGAGUUCAGUGAUGAUUUUUGUAGGAAAUUUAUCUUGAGGGAAAAUAUAUAUGAUGUGAAAACUUCAGAUUAUAGUUAUUUAAGAACUAAUGUAUUUGCUGGGGCCAAAAAUUUUACAGAAAAAAUAAAAAUUGUAACAGGAAUUAUA